UCUAUUCCUGGGGAAUUUAGGCAUUGUUAUCCUUCCUAUAUAUGUUCUGUAUAUGAAGUUGCUGACGGCCAUCGUUGGCCUUUUGUUCGAACGAUGACCACUGAUAACUGACCAAGGGUGACACCCUCCGCCUAAUCCAGACUAAAUCUUUAUGGUCCCGUGCUAUCAAAAUCGCCAUCGCGUGUUGACGAGAUAUACGUUUAUACAUGAAGGUGAAUGCUGUACCCUGACUAAACACAGAUAAUCUAUCAUCGUCAUGCUGACUAGGACAGUGAUCGUCUUGUUUGUCGCUACUCUCACCCUGAGCUGUUUCUGUAACUGUUUAACAUUUCCAAACAGACACUUUAAAUCGGACAAAAAUGCCAUUAUUCACAGAGAAAUGGCUGAUGAUCUAAAAGAAGAAGAAAAACACACUGAACACGCUCAUGAAGAAGAAAAACGCACUGAACACGUUCAUGAAGAAGAAAAACGCACUGAACACGCUCAUGGAAUCGUCUUCUUCUUUGGAGAUUUGGACAGAAACGGGGAAUUGACAGAGGUGGAGCUCAGGAGACUGUUUUCCGGAAGAGUUUUCGCUUCCCAUCUCGAAGACCUCAUCCGGGUUCUUAUGUCACGUGACUUGGACAAAAGUCAAUCUUUGGAUGUUAAUGAAUGGGAAGACAUAGAGUCGAUGUCGAGAUCAGAACUGGCCAUGAUGCUGCUCUCAAUUGGAUAAAAUGAAAACUGCAAAAAUGGCAGACAAGAUUACAGCAAUAUUUGUAUAUGUACGCAUGAUCUGAGUAGUGUUCAAGUUGAUUUUAAUCCAGGCUGCCGGAAAAUGUAUUCUAUGUUAUAUUUAUGGAGAUUGAAUUAGAAUUGACCAGAUAUAUUAACAUAAUGUUUGGAGUAUUGUUCGAAAGGG